AUGCUUCACUUAUUAAGUAGACUAAGAGAAGAAUAUGGUUUUCUCAGCUUGGAAGAUCUAGUUAAGCAUCACUACUAUUUAAUUAAACCCGGACCGGGAAUUGAACCCGGCUCUUCUGGUUACGCACCAAAGGCUCGGGCAGUUAAGCUAUCUGAGACAUCGUCCGUAACAACCUUUCAGUCUAAUAAUUUUUUGUUUAACACGAUAACAGAAAAAUAUUUAUUAAGGAGAUCCACGCAAAGUAGUUUUCGAGAUAUUUUAUCAAAUAAUUAG